AUGGAGUGGCGACGGAGCGACGUGUCGGAGCCCUUUCGUCAGGCCGGAAUAACGCUAUUCCCGUCGCUCGCCGGCUCACUCGACGGGGCGCGCGGCAGGAGUCGCGGGAGGAUGCUCGGGGCGGCGGGCGCGACGAGCGCGGCGGUGACCGCGCCCCGCAUCCGCGUCCGGCCGGCGAACGCCCUCCGCGGGAGGACGCGUCGGGGCGGCCACGGGGCGAGGACCCGCGCGGCGUCGUUCCCUCCCUCUCCCCCGAGGCGACCGCGCGACGUUCGCGAGCCAGCGGCGCGGGGGCUCGGCCGGGACGACGCCGUGGAUGUGCACGACGACGAGGAGGAGGAGGAGGACGAUGAAUCCUCCUCGAUCGCGGAGCCGUCGCCGGCGGAACCCGGCGACGCAUCCCGCGACGCAUCCCCGUCCAGCGGUGCGUCCUCGUCGCCGGCGUCGAAUCCCAAACCCUUCGCCGCGUGGUCGCGGAGGCUGCAGCGGUCUGUCGUCGCCGACGACCGCCGCGGCGUCCCGUUCCGCGUCGCCUCCGCCGCCGAUAUCGCGUCCGCCCUCGCGAACGCGCGCGCCCUGCUCGGGGAGCGCACCGACAUCGCGGGGGAGAUGGCGCGGGCGAUCGAGAAGACGGCCAACUCGAGGCGCGACGUGGGAUGGCUCGCGCGCGACCCCACCGCGACGCCCGCGCUCGACGGCACCGCGCGGUUCGAGGAGAUACUUCACGACGUGAGACGCCGGCCGGUGGCGCUCGACGGUUCGGGUUCUCGAUACGAACCGUCGCCCGCGUUGGCGGGCCCCGACGCGCCCGCGUACCUCCUCGUCCCCGGCCUCUUUGGCGAUUACUACCCUGGGUACAUGUCGGACGUCCGCGACUGGUUCGUGGCUCGCGGCGCGCGUUGCAAGAUGAGCGUCGCGUGCGACACGGAGGGCACCGUGCGGGCGAACGCGCGCGCGCUCGCGGCGGAGGUGAGCGCGUGGCGACGCGAGAUGGAGACGGAGUUAUUGGACCACGGAGACGGACGCGCGGGGACGGAUUCAUCAUCAUCAUCAUCAUCAUCAUCAUCAUCAUCAUCAUCAUCAUCAUCAUCAUCAUCAUCGGACGAGCGACUGGCGGUGGUCCUGAUCGGUCACAGCAAAGGGGGCGUCGACGCGUGCGCGGCGUGCGCCGAGUACGCCCAACUCCUCCGCGGGAUGGUGCGGGGUAUCGUGACGACGCAGGCGCCGUACGCCGGGUCGUUCGUCUCAUCCGACUUACUCGCCACCCCCGCGCUGGAGUCGCUUUCAACCGCCGCGCUCGAGGUCGUCACCGGGACAAAACGCGGCGAGGGCGAAACGCUCUUGCUACCGGCGGUGAGGGACCUGACGUACGCGUCGAGACGGACGUACCUCGCGAGUGCACCGCGUUUGGACGUGCGCGCCUUCCCCGUCGUCAGCUUCCACACCGAGACGAAGCACUUUGGCUCGCUCUUGUUCCUACCCGCGGCGUACGCUCGCAACCGGUACGGGGUCGGGUCGGACGGAUUGGUCGCUCGGUGCGACGCGGAGGUUCCCGGCGCCGUGUGCGUGCGGUGGACUGACGAGCAGGACCACGCGGACUGCGCGUACCCGCGGGAGGUGAGCGACGGGGCUGUGAGGGCGCACAGGGCGUCGCAGAGGAUGGCGCGAAGGGCGGCGGCGGCGGCGGGGGAAGUGACGACGGGGGAAGCCGUCGACGCCGAUGCCGACGGCGGGGGAGGUAACGAGCGAGGUUGGGCGGCGGGGGAGGCGCUGGUGCGCGCCAGGGCCGCGCUGGAACGCGCGACGCCGGAGCGUUUGCGGGGCGUCGCGUCGCCCGGGGAGUACCACGAGGCGCUGGCGACGUUGCUCCUCGAGCAGUCGUGGGAUCCAGACGCCGGCGCCGACGAAUGGACGGAAGUCGGCGGGGUCGGCAGGACGAUGACGGACGGUGGGGAGACGCGCGCGGGCGCGGUGGCGCGCGGAUCGGGCGAGUGA